AUGAAUCCAACUGACAAACUUGCUGAGACUGUAGCAAAGUCAGAACCUGUAUUGAGUGAAGAAGCAGUAGAACCUCAGGACUUAGCAACGGCAGCCACAGAACUUAAUACACCGGAAGACAUGGACAGUGAUGGCAAAAAAUCUAAUAAUCGAAGAUUUAAUAAUUAUGGAUAUAUUAAAUAUGUAAGCUUGGUGAUAUUAACAGUACAAAAUGCAGCAUUAGGGCUUAGUAUGAGGUAUGCUCGUACUAGAGAUGUAGAAAUGUUUUCAUCGGCAGCUGCUGUUUUAAUGGCAGAAGUUUUUAAACUAAUAAUAUGCAUAUGUCUAGUUAUGCAUGAAUCUGGUGGUGUUGAAAAAGGGGUCCAAUCAAUGUACAAUAUAGUUGUUUUAAAUAUACGAGACACUUUAAGAGUAUGUGUGCCAUCAUUUCUGUACAUAGUGCAGAAUAAUUUGCUCUAUGUGUCUGCAUCUAAUUUAGAUGCUGCUACAUACCAGGUUACAUAUCAAUUAAAAAUAUUGACAACAGCAUUUUUUGCUGUUGUUGUGUUAAAAAGACAGCUCAAAAAGUGGCAAUGGCUAGCAUUAGUUAUCUUAGCAGCUGGUGUGGCUGUUGUACAAUUGUCUUCAACAGAAAAAGCACAUGUCAAAUCACAUUUACCAGAGCAAUCCAAGAUCAUAGGAUUUAGUGCAGCUCUAGCAGCAUGUUUCUUAUCUGGUUUCGCUGGAAUAUACUUUGAGAAAGUACUUAAAGAAUCAGACAUAUCUGUAUGGAUGAGAAAUGUGCAGUUGAGUUUAUUAUCAUUGCCAUUUGGAACCAUUACUUACCUUAUAAAUGAAGGAACACAAAAUAAUUUAUUAAAAGGCUUUGAUGGUUUUGUUUGGUAUCUAGUCUUAUUGCAAGCAGCUGGAGGUCUCAUAGUUGCUGUGGUCGUAAAAUACGCAGAUAACAUAUUAAAGGGUUUUGCAACAUCAGUUGCAAUUAUCAUAUCUUGUGUAGCCUCUAUCUACAUCUUCAAUUUCAAUUUAACUGUACAGUUUGCUAUUGGCACAAUAUUCGUGAUUUUUUCAAUUUUCCUUUAUGGUUACGUACCCAAGAAACCAGAGCCCCGGACUUCUUUAAAUGUAUGA